AUGCCUUACAUCCGCCCAGAACAAACCCCCUCCCCGCCACCCUUCUUCACCAACGCCGAGACGCGCCGGUGGGAAGUCGCACGCAGGGCGCAAAGCCUGCCACACGGCGCCGAGCGGCGCGCGGCCUUCAAGACGGCUUACUGGCUCGCGGCGAGUUUUAUCGAGGACCAAGUGCGCACCGCGCACGCGCGCAAGCAGCCGCAGCCGCGCCCCAAGCUCGCCAGCACGGCGCUGGUGCGCCGCGCCCUCGUGCACCACGGCCGCAGUGCGCGCGCCAACACGCGCAGGGAGGUGCGCUUCGUGACUUGGAGGCACAUCAAGCAGUGGGGCUUCCUCGACGCGUGGCCCACGUCCAAGUCGCCGCUCCGCAGCGUCCUCUUCUCCGCAGGCGACUUUGACGACGACGACGACAACGCGACGGACACCGAGUCGGAACCCGACCUCGAGCUCAUCGCUACCCCGCCCGAACUCGGCCUCACGGCCACCCUCGUCGACCUCGACGACGACGUCGAGAUGGUGGCCGACGACGAAGAGCCCGCCGCACCCGCCGCAUCCGCUAGACCCUCGCUCAAGCGCCGCGCUGAGAACCAAGACGACGAGCACGCGCCCGAGCCUCGCAAAAUCCACGUCAACCACCAGACGGAUGGCAAGCGCCGCCGCCUCGCUCGGGGCAAGCGCACGCCCACCGCUCGCUCCUCUCUCGAGACUCUAGAGCCGCUCGUAAAGGCUCUCCCCACCACUACCUUCACCGGCCCCUCGCGCUUAAGCGAGAAGGUUGUCGCCACCACCACCCCUGCGCCGACUCCCACCCCCACCACCACAAACCACCGCCUCCGCAGCAGCGGCCGUGCGCUCAGCCGCCGCUUCGCCUCUGCAGCCCUCACUGGCCCCACCACUCCCCCUUAG